AUGGACUCGUUUGAAGUUGCUAGUCAAUUCAGCACAAUACUCAGGAAUUUGACUCCUCAGUUUCAGCUGCUUUCGAAAGCCACUUAUUUUGCAUUGAAAAACUAUGACAAAGAAGACUACAUUGUCCCCACAAUAACAAGUGUGCUCGAAGAUGCUAAACUAGACUUGAAUUCGAAAGCAACAAUUUUCCAAUUCAUUGACCUUCUCUUUGCAGAAAGUUUUCAGAAUGCACAGAAAUUUAAAAAUGCAUAUAUAGAGAGCAUAAAACAGCUCUUGCCAAAAUACAUUGAUAGUAUAUGUCCCAAAGAAAACCCUGCCAACUUCCAAAGCACCUAUGAAAGCCUACGUAGAAUCACCAAAUCGUGCAAAAGAGAUUUUCUGGAGUAUGAAAUGAUGUUCCGAGAUAGUUUAUUGACUACAGAGGAUCUAAGUGCGCUUGAUCAAGGCGAGUUGGAAAUACUGAGCAAAUCGAAAUUCGCAAUUGAAGAUAAUGAUGACGCACUAGUCAAGGCAUGGAAAACCUUAUUGGAAAAGAAACGAGAUAGCCAGUUGCAAAGGUACAAGUUACUCAAUAGUUCACAAACAGUCGAGGAGAAUGUUGAUGAAGAGCAGAUAUUCAAUAUGCGUUUAAAACUGGAUUCACGACAGCUCUUGUCAAAACGACAAAUUAUAGCAAGGAUGGAGGAUGAGCGAGAGAGCCAUAAACGUUCAAAAGAAAAUAUAUGGUGUGUCAAUCGAAAUGUGGGUUCGAGUUCUCGAUUCGUCUCUGAAGAUGAGUUUUUUGAAAAUUACUGGACAAAAUGCCAACCAUUAUCGAAAGCUGAAGACCAUGAAUUUGUACGCAAUCUACAAGAAUUGAACGAGAUGGCGUUGAAAAGUUAUAAAGACGAACAGUAUUUUUAA